CAGUGUUCACUUCUUUACUAGACAUAUAUAUAAUUGAUUUUCUAACCUCAAAUUGUAUACUAAGUAGUUACGUUACAAAGACGUUUAUGAAUGUGUCAGAAAUGUUAAAACUUGAAUGUUUCUGGUGGCUUAAUUCUUUUAUGCAAUAUAUGUUGCCUUUAUUUAUACUGACAUAAAGUAUUUUAAUGUAAUUUAUCAAAAAAGUAGCAAAACAAUAUUUGAGAUAAACAAUUUUAAUCUUUCAUUUAUAUUGUUAUACUUUAAUGAGUUUAUUUGUUACGAAACAAUAUUAUUAUGCAUAUAAAAAGGUGUUUACUUUUUCAAAUUAGAAGAAAUGGAUUAUUCAAUAAAGUUGAUUAUACAUAAAGGAAGCACAAUUUUUGACAGUGUUAUUAUUACAUCUUAUUCCACAACAAGAUAUGAACAAAAAAUAAAAGAUAACAGAAAUAAAGAUGAAAUAAAUAGUAACAUAAAAAUAAAUACUAUUUCUUUAAACAAAAGAGGAUAUAAUGCUUAUCUUGUGUCAGCUUAUGUUAUGGCAUUAAUAAAUUCACAAACAUAUCAUAGAGCUGCAUUUAAAAAAUUGCAAACAUGGUUAAUACACAGAAUUCCAGGUGAAAUAAAUUCAAGGAUAAUUUUAAUGAAACUAUGUACACCAAAGAAACAAUUUUUAGAUUACAAAUGGAAUGAUAGGAUAACACAAAUGGUAUUAGAGAGAAGAGAAGUGGAUCAUGCCAUGUCUUGGUUAUCUACUUUAGGUGGAGCAUUUUCUGCUUUAGGAGAAGAAUUUCAACACUGUGCUGAAAUAGCAGGAAAAAUUUCAGUAAAGCAGUUGGAAUUAGCAAUGCGUCUUGGAGAUCCCCAUUUGGUUGCACGUUGUAAAUUAUAUGCCGCAUUAAGUUUAAUCCAACAAGGCCAAUUAAGAAUACCAAAAAUAAUAGUAAGAAAUAUUUAUAAAUUUUCAAUUAAUCAGAAUGAUGUUCGCUUGCAAAACAUGUGUCAUGGUAUAUGGGCUAAAUUAAAAUAUUGUUACAAAACAAAAAAAGAAUGGUAUAGACUAUAUUAGUAUUAGAUCUAUACAUUAUCUUAACAUUCAGAAUUAAGUGUAUAAAACUUUAUAUUUAUGUUUAAAAAUAAAUAGUGUAAAAUAUUCUUUUUGAAGGUGUAUUUUUAUUAAAAAAGAAUGUUAUUAAAAAAUUAACACCAAUUAUGAAAUAAAAAUAAGCAUAAAAUU